AUGUUGCGGACCGUGACAGAUCGCAUAUUCCAACAAAAUCGGUUACACGCCAGUGAGGAAGAAGAGGAAGAAGAAGAGGAGGAGGAGGAGGAGAUGGAGGGGCCCAAUGAACGCGACGGCCAGCCUCGUCAACCACCAGUUUCUCGUCUUCCUGUGGAACUUCUGCAAGAAAUAUUUUACGUUGUCGUUAAGCCCCAGCAAAUACUUCGGUCAGAAACGAUAAAAUCCGAGGCGUGGGCACUCUCUCAUGUGUCUCGAAGAUGGUCCGACGUUGCGCUCUCCUCACCCUUCCUGUGGGGUCAGAUAUCCGUUUGUCUGUGGAAGAAGCAUCCAUGGGUCGAGCAAAUGGUCCACAACCUACUCGAACGGUCUCGCGGGGCACCCCUUUACAUCUCCAUUGACAACCUCUUCGAGCGAGUUCACGAGAACUCCGUCAUCGACGCUCUCGUCGCCGAGUCAGAACGUUGGAGAAUGGUUGCUAUCAAGGGUGACCAUGCCCUCGUUAGCGCCCUAAACUUCGCGAGUAACAGAAUUCCAUGUCUCCGGUAUCUCGAGCUCGAUGUACUCCCGGAGCAACAGCCAUUUGCGAAUGCACCUGCUAACUUCCAGAUCCACACCUUCCGCAACGCACCGCAGUUGGUUGAAGUCGUGAUGAAAAGUAGCCGAUCAUCCGUGGUGGGCAUUCCUUGGUCGCAAAUGGUGUCCUUCAGACACGACGAAGGAGGCUUCGCACGAGCACACCGCGCACUCGUAGCCACAACCUGUCUCGUUUCCCUAGAUCUUCGCUCGUUCGAUCUCAAGGACUCAGACCCUGUGCCGCGGUGCACACUUUCCAACCUUCAAUCGCUGCGGGUAUCCUUCAAAGAUCAAGCUAUUGCUCAGGGCCUCUUUGAGAGGCUCGCAUUACCUUCGUUGAAAUCGUUGUCGCUCAUCAAAGCCCCGCCUGGGCUCCUUGGAUCCUUCAUGAUGAUGACUACGAGGUUGUCGCAACCCUCCAAGUUGGAACGGCUGUUCGUACGCGAUUAUGUGUUCCAGCCAAUGGAGCUCGUCUCCCUAGUGCUAAACUCCCCUCGACUCAAAUCACUCCGCACAGGGUUUCCUCCCCUUGGGGACUUCCUUUCAUUGGUACACCGAGGUACCGCCUUCGCCCCUCGUCUCGAAAAACUCAUCCUGGACAUGGAUGAAGAAAACCUGAAAGAACGAGUCGCGCCCAUUUAUUUGCUUGCCACACAUCGUUGCGAACUGGAUGUGGAUUCGGAGGCGCCGGCGAACAGCACGCUGAUGAAGCAUUUUCAAAUCAACUUCAACAGUUGGAAAACAUGUCUCCAAGGACAGGAAUUCUUGGAAAUCCUGACCAAUCCAUACAGGAAAACUUUUCCGGGCAGCGAGAAUGAAGAAUUUGUCCCACUUAUGGCACGUAUUUUACAGGAACAAAUUCGGGACUUGUCAACCUCUCCGCUCUCAGAGGUUGCCUGGUGGAGGGACUGGGGCCUGGUCCGUCUUGCGUUCAACAAGUUUGAAUACUACCUUGCAAGAGAUGAAAUCGAUAUAAAUCUUGUUCUGGCAUUUGGUGUUCACACUGAACUCUACCGAGUCGCCACUGCGAACGGUGUGCACCCAGCCGUUCACAAGCACAAACUUCGCCAACGCGCUUGUGCCGCCCUCGAGUCAUUGAUCCCGAUGAUUGUCUCUCGUCUUCCUUACCGCUCAUGGCGCCUGACAGGUAACUCGUUGGUCUAUGUCCCGCAACACGAUCCUUUCCGAACCUCCCCAAACGCGUUGCAGAUGUUCUUCGGCGAGCGGUGGAAAGGUCUUGAGGUACCGCCUGUCAAGUUGGACUUCUUUGUGCCUCUCCCGACAAUUGCCACACCCAGGCCAGUCCUAACAAGCAAGCUUGUUACUAUGUCGUUCGUUUCCUUCAUCGUAUUGGCGACCAUGUUCAGGAUAUAG